CAUUAUCAUCUCCCGGCCCUUUUCUCUCACACGGUCCUAGAGACGACUUGCUCUUGCUGCUGGGAACACCAUGGAGCAGAAUACGGCGGUGAAACCCAUCAGAUGCAAAGCGGCGGUGAGCAAGGUGGCCGGGCAGCCGCUGGAGAUGGAGGAGGAGGAGAUGGCGCCGCCGCGCGCGCACGAGGUGCGCAUCAGGAUACUCUGCACCUCCCUCUGUCACACCGAUGUCACCUUCUUCAUGCGUGCAUUACAGACUUACCUGGCCACCUGGGAUUUUCCGGCAAUGUAUCCAUCAAUCCUGGGGCACGAAGCAGCCGGAGUGGUGGAGAGCGUGGGGGACGGGGUGGUAGAGGUGGCCGUCGGAGACAUGGUGGUUCCGGUGUUCUCAGCGCAGUGCGGCGACUGCCCCGAUUGCCUCUCGGACCGCAGCAACAUCUGCUCGGGGCUCCCGGACCGCCCUGGCAUGCCACGUGACGGCACGACGCGCUUCUCGUACCCGGCCACCGGCGAGCCCAUCCACAACUUCAUCUCCAUCUCCAGCUUUACGGAGUACACUGUCGUGGACGUUGCCCAUGUUGUCAGGCUCGAGCCCGGCGUUUCGCCGGCGAUGGCCUGCCUGCUCAGCUGCGGCGUCUCCACCGGAGUUGGUGCGGCGUGGAAAGUGGCGGCGGUGGAGCCAGGGUCGAGCGUCGCCGUGUUUGGUCUAGGCGCCGUUGGGCUAGCGGUAGCACAAGGGUGCCGGAUGCGCGGGGCCAAGAGGAUCGUUGGAGUUGAUCUGAACCCGGAAAAGCGCGUGAUCGGUAAGAGGCUGGGUGUCACCGACUUCAUCAACCCGAACGAUAUUGGGGGGAAAAGCGUCAGCGAGGUCAUCAAGGAGAUGACCGGCGGUGGUGCGGAUUACUGCUUCGAGUGCAUCGGCUCGACGACCGUCGUGGCGGAAGCGUUCCAAAGUACGAAGCUACUGAAUUCUGGUUGGGGGAAGACGAUCUUGCUCGGCCUCGCCAGCGGCGCAUCUACCAUCGGCAUACCUUGGCACGACAUCCCCCGGGGCAGAUCGGUCGUCGGCUCGCUCUUCGGCGGGCUCAAGCCCAAGACCGACAUCCCCAUCCUGGCACAGAAGUAUCUCGACAGGGAGCUGGAGCUGGAGGAGUUCGUGACGCACGAGAUGGGCUUCGACGAGAUCAACACGGCGUUCGAGCUGCUCACCCAGGGGAAGUGCCUCCGGUGCAUCAUCUGGAUGGACGGGGCAAGGGAGAACGUCGUCGAGGUCAAGCCCAAGGAAAAUGUCCGCGCGUGCGAGGCGGCGUCACUACAGGAAUGUGGCGAUAUGCCGAGGAACCCUCGGCAUAGCCUGCUUUGGCCGUCGGCGUAGGCUAUGCCGAGGGCCACCCUCGGCGUAGCUCCUCGGCGUAUAAGUCCCUCGGCAAAGCCACUAUCGCCGUCGGCGUAGCCCGGCCCUCGGCGUAGCACGCUACGCCGACGGCAAAACCCUCGGCAUAGAUUUUUAAAAAUUUCAAAUUUCCUUUUUCCAAAAAAAAUUCAAAAAAAAAUUCGAAAAAAAAAUUAUUUUUCUAUAUGCCGACAGCAAAACCCUAGGCAUAGACUUUUAAAUUU